UCGGCUUGCAUGAGCGUGUCUGUUCAGUGUGUCUUCACAGACAGUGUGACACCUGUUUAGUGUCACACUCACAGUUCAGAGCACUUCACCCCCUUUCUGCUGCACACUUAAUAAUGGCCAAACGUGACAUGUCUGAUCAUGUUUAUGACAACACCAACUGGAUGAAAAAGGAUUCAUUUGGAAUUAGGAAACCUGUCAAAGAGAAGCAAUGUAGAUCUCUCUGUGCCAAGGUUCUUGCUGUUCUCCUCAUCCUGUCUCUGCUGAUUAAUGGAGUGCUGGCAUACUUGUGUGUCACUAAAUACAACAAUGUGCUGUUGCAUUGCGAGCCAGGAACAAACUGCUCAAAUUCAGACCAUGAUCAAAGUAGUCCAGGCUGCACAUAUGAUGAGAACUGGAGGUCAAUAAACUACUGCCCAGAUUUGCCAGAGCAGUGGUAUAAGGGCAAUGGCAUAUUUUACGUUUUCUCCAAUCACAACAAGACCUGGAACUCCAGCAGAAGGUAUUGUCAGGAUCUGGGUGGAGAUCUGGUCAUUAUCAACAACACAGAGGAGAAGGAAUUUCUUGCUCAGAGACUAUGUGUCGCUGGUGAAUCUGAUCUCUACUGGGCUGGGAACUGGCCAGACCUGAAUACCAAAGCCAACUGUGCUGUUCUUAAAGGAAAUACACAAGAACACAUUCAAUGCUCAAGAAAAGAGAAGAGCAUUUGUGAGAUCCCAUGCAUGUAGAUUACUUCUUUUUUAACAGUUGACUUUUUGUUUUAUUUCACUGUGCACUCGUGUAAAUAUAAGAGGUUGCUAUAUUUUAUACAUUUCUUGUUUACCUGUUUCAUAUUUCUGUACUAUGCCAUGUUUGAUAUAGGAAUUUUCCGAAAUAUCAUACUUUUUAUAGUUUUCCAUAUGUUUUUCAUAUUAUCAUAUUUUAAAAAUGUGUUAAGAACUAUGAAGUCCCAAUAAAUGCAGUGUGUGUAUAUAAAUAAAUAAAUAUAUAUAUAGAUGUAUCUUAUUAAUGAAUUUUGUAGAUAAAAGAUCUAGCAGAGGAAGUGCAUCUGGACACUUGACCAUGUAUGAAUGUCUUUGCAGCACGGUUUGUGAACAUUAAGGUUCAUUAAACAAUAUAUUAGCAUUA